AUGUUCAACGCCCCAUUUGUACUCUUGUUCGCUCUCUUACUUACCCUACCUCUUUUGUUCAUCUUUGCACCUCGAAUCCUUCCUCCUAGACGCGUUAUAAUCUCUCUCCCCGACGAACUCGAUGACCUCGCGCUUUUCCGGCGAGCUGUUCUUUCGACAGUUCGCCCACCGGGAUCCGUGUCCCGUCUUGGGUCCACUAACGCUAAACCUAAAAUCGCUUUCAUGUUUCUCACCAACACCGAUCUCCACUUUGCUCCUCUGUGGGAAAAGUUCUUCGACUCGCCUAAAUCGAAUCAGCAAAAGCUGUAUAAUAUAUACAUCCAUGCCGAUCCAGAUUCCGACGUCAAAUCUCCUGGCGGCGUCUUCCAAAAUCGAUUCAUUCCCGCGAAAAAAACGCAGAGAUCUUCUCCGACUCUCAUCUCCGCCGCCCGCCGCCUUCUCGCUACCGCCAUCCUCGACGACUCGUUAAAUGCUUACUUUGUUCUCGUCUCCCAACAUUGUAUCCCUUUGCAUUCUUUUCGCUAUGUAUACAAAACCCUAUUUCGAACACCUUCUGAGUCGACUCGGUUCCCAACUCGGUUUCCGACUCGGCUCAGCUUCAUCGAAGUGUUAUCGGAGGAACCCCAACUGUGGGACCGGUACACUGCCAGAGGCAAAAACGCCAUGUUGCCGGAGGUUCCGUUUGAUAAGUUCCGGAUCGGGUCACAGUUCUAUAUUUUGACCCGGGCUCACUCUUUGAUGGUGAUCAAGGACCGGAAGCUAUGGAGGAAGUUCAGGCUGCCGUGUUUGAACGUCGAUUCGUGUUACCCGGAGGAGCAUUACUUCCCGACGCUUUUGUCGAUGGAGGAUCCAAAAGGAGUUAGCGAGUACACACUCACUCGGGUGAAUUGGACAGGUAGUGUGGAUGGUCACCCACAUACAUACCAUCCGGCUGAAUUGUCGCCGGAGCUAAUCCGGUCGCUCAGAGUUUCUAAUUCGACAUUUUCACAAACAGGUUUGAUGAUUUUGAUCAUAAACAUUAAACAAAUAGAUAAUGGCAUUUGGUAGAGAAUAAGGGCCCAAGAGCUGGUUUCUGGGCAAAAGCCCAGCCCAGUGUGUGCAGAAGGAUCGUUGGGCUUAAAGUGGAGUUUAUUGGGGAGAAGAAAAACUGAAAAGCAUAC